CACCGUAUCGCAGACAAGCACGCAUUUUUAUGACACAUACCAAACGGGGAGGUGACACCUCCUUGCACUCGCACGUACAUAACAUUAUUACCUAUGGAUCAAAGUUCAGUCAACAAAGUACUAUAUAUCAUCCGUCUAGCAAUGAUUUGAUUAUUGCGAAGCCCUUCCGUAAUAAAAUCUUUAUUUCUUAUUCUGUGGUAUGAUUGGUUUGAUCCUGAAGUCACCAUGAACCUGACGUUGGCCUCGAUUAGACAAGGCAUAAACAGCUUGAGGAAACUGUCUAUUCUUCCUGCUACUUCACAUUACCAGCAUCGGAAGUCAUUGAGCGUUCUAAGUAGGGUAAGGGAUAAUGAUGAGUACACGCACAUCAUCGUUGGAGCGGGGUCUGCAGGAUGUGUUCUGGCCAACCGUCUCUCUGCCGACCCUACAAACAAGGUUCUUCUUCUGGAAGCCGGACGCAAAGACCACACCUGGAAGAUCCACAUGCCUGCUGCCCUGAUGUACCCUCUCGGUAGCAAGACCUACAACUGGUAUUACCACACAGUUCCUCAAAGGAAUUUGAACAACAGGGAGAUAUUCUGGCCAAGAGGUAAGGUCCUAGGGGGCACUUCAUCCAUCAACGGAAUGGUCUACGUCAGAGGACAUGCUGAUGAUUACGAUAGGUGGGAGACAGAGGGCGCCACAGGAUGGUCUUACGCGGAUUGUCUGCCGUACUUCAAACGCAUGGAGUGUAACGAGCGUGGUGGAGAUGACUACAGAGGAGGGGAUGGCCCACUUCAUGUCUGCAGGGGCAAAUCCAAAAAUCCCCUUUUCGAUGCUUUCGUCCAAGCUGGUAUGGAAUGCGGAUAUCCAUACACAUCCGAUGAGAACGGGUAUCAGCAAGAAGGGUUUGGAUACUUGGAUAUGACGGUUCACAAGGGGAUACGAUGGAAUACAUCCAAUGCAUACCUUCGAACAGCCGAUGUCCGAAAAAGGACAAAUUUGACGAUCCAAUCACGAUCAUUAUGCGAUAGAGUUUUGUUUGAUGGAACAAAAGCGAUAGGUAUUGAGUUCACCUGUAAAAAGGGAAAGAAGGUUGCAAGAGCCUCACAAGAAGUGAUUCUAUCUGGGGGGACAGUCAAUUCGCCUCAGUUGCUAAUGUUGUCUGGUGUGGGAAAUGCAGAUGAGUUGAAAGCGCUCGGCAUCCCAGUGGUUGCACAUCUUCCCGGUGUAGGACAGAACCUCCAAGAUCACUUUCAGCUCUAUGUCCAAUAUACCUGUACGAAGCCCAUUACACUGUACAGUGCCCAGUGGAAAAAUCCUCUCACUAUGAUAGCCAUCGGUCUUGAGUGGUUCAUGUUCCAGAAAGGUCUCGCGGCCACGAAUCAUGUCGAAGCUGGUGCUUUUAUAAGGAGUCGUGCUGGAGUAAAGCAUCCUGAUAUCCACAUGCACUUUGUGCCAUCAAUCGCUCAUCAGCAUGGGCAAGUACCGGGCGACUGCCAUGGCUUCCAGAUUCAUGUCAACACAUUGAGAGCGACCAGCCGGGGAUUCAUAAAGCUUAAGUCUCGUGAUCCUACAGAGUAUCCUAUAAUUGAUCCUAACUACCUUGACACUGAGAGUGACCGUAGGGAUCAACGAGAAAGUGUCAAGCUUGUUCGAGAGAUCGUUGCGCAGAAAGCCUUCGAUGAGUUCCGAGGAGAGGAAGUGACACCAGGGGCAUCUGUCCAGACUGAUUCUGAGCUGGAUGCCGUUAUCCGUGCCAAAGGGGAAACUAUCUACCACCCAGUCUCUACCUGCAAGAUGGGUUCUGAAGAGGAUCCUAUGGCCGUUGUUGACAGCAACACCCGAGUCAUUGGACUGGAGAAUCUCAGAGUUGUUGAUGCGUCCAUUAUGCCCAGCAUCUGCAGCGGGAACACCAAUGCUACAGUCAUUAUGAUAGCAGAGAAGGCAUCUGAUAUGAUCCUUGGUAGCAAACCACUUGAGAGAAUCAACGUACCUGUCUGGAGACCUGCCUCAUUAGAAACCCAAAGGGAUGGGACACCCAAAGUUAAGCUGACAGCGUAAAAGUUCAUUACCAUAUUUCCUCAGAUUAUCGAAUAAUUCUUACAAUUAUCUCAACAUAUCCUUACAGUCGAGCCCAAAGUUUGCAUGCAUCUGGUAGAAAAUCAGUUUACAUUAUGACCUACUCAUUCCUACAAAUAUUUCACUUCAUGAAGUUUGGUCUUUGUUUAAUGUAACAAGUAUAUACAUCACACAUCAUCCUGAGACCUUUAUAUAUAUGUGAUUCCUUAUGUUACAUUUUGUGAUGAUCAGAUCAGCCCUACAAAUAAAUGCCGGAACAGUGGUGUUGUCAUCGAUUCGAACAUGCCGAAAUCAUCAUGUAUCCCAGCAAUUAGAUGCCAACUCUGCAACCUUUCGCACAUCUACGGGAUUCCUGCCACGCAAGGCUACUGAAACCAUGAUUCAUUCACUCAUCUCUUCCCGCUUAGAAUUUUGGAAUGUUGCAAUUCUCUUCUGAUACAUCUUCCUAACUACAAGCUGCAACGCUUCUGACAACUAGAGAACUCCGCGGCCAGACUUGUAGCGCUCACUAAAGGCGCCACUCAGAUCGGGGGGGGGGGGGGCUGAUGCAGAUUUGGUUUGGACAGGAUGUGCUGCUCAAGCCACGAAAGUCUGAUGCUAUUAUUAUGUCCUUGUCUUUUAUAACAUUGCUAUUGAUCAUCUUAUGCCCAAUCUUUACACAUCUAUAAUUACUAUGUUUACUUCUGAUGCCUAGGUCACAUUUGCCGCCGCGGCCGUGCGGUCUAAAAUAUCUACGGCCAAUAGCAAUAAGACCGCCGCAGCAUUCCCAUAGUCACACACGGUGGCGGUCAUAUAUGUUAGGGUAGACGCACGACGUAUUUUGAAUUUGUGGGGACAGAAAAUCUGCGGCUGCCGUAUGGCCUUUGAAAUGAUGACACACUGUGAUCUUAGGGCGUUCCUGCGGCGGCCGUAGCGUUUGGACAAGGUGCCCGCAAGGUGGCCGAAGAGGGAUUAUACGGUGACCGUGCGACCAUACUAAUGCUACCGCUUCACCCCUGGAGUAUAAAACGCAAGGCCACCGUACGCCCGACGUACGGUCGCCGUGGAAGGCUCUAAGUGCAUGGCUACGGCGUGUCUAAUCGCUACGGCGAACCUAGAAAUGAAAACAUGGCGACCCGUACGUCCUGUAAAGAUAGAGAAACGCCCUAGGGUGACCCUGAGCCCACCGCAGAUUCUCUGCGGCCGCCGCUAUUAUCUCUCGAUCUCGGGGGCGUACGGCCACCAUAUCCUAGCCGUAGAGGAAAUGUGACCUAGGCAUAAGAGCUCUAUGUAUAUAUGUAAUUGUUCCAAAUACAUUUGUUGUAUUUGUUGAAUCACCGCUCUAAUCAGUAUUUAGUAAAAUCCCUUGAUCAGAAACAAUUAUUUGUAUUAUUAUUAAAAACAUGAUUUAAACCUGUUUUAAAAAUAUUUAGUUUUGUUGUUGUUGCUGAAUGUUCUUUUUAAUGUUUCCACGUCGUGUCCAUAAUUUUGAAACCAUGAUGUGCAAGUGAAGUUUCUUUAAUCAUGACUGUAAACUAAAAGUCAUUUAUCCUACGCGCUGCCAGGUUCAGUAUUUCAAUGAACCAUACAAUUCAAAUAAAACGGUAUAUUCGUAUAUUCA